GUUUCGAGAGGGAAUACUUUCCCCGUGGUACUGUAGUGCGGUUUGUUUAGUCUGUUCUGUGUUUCCAGUGGGAAAGCUUUCAGCGCUGGACGGUUUACAUUUGUGCAAGGAACUUCACUCGUGGAAGUCUAUUGUGUGUUUUCAAGCUUUACUCAGAAUGAGUGAGAGCGAGACUACGGCAAAACAGCAGAGUUACGAGGAGAUGUUCGCGCACAGAUUUUCAUCAGAGGACAAAGAGUUCCAGGAGUACGUGAACAGGCCGGCUGAUCCUCCUCCAAUCGUGGAGGACUGGCAAGGUCGCGGCGGAGGAAACCACCAAGGAAGAGACAGAAGGUACCAGGACCGUCAAGGGGGUCGCGGCUGGGGCGGAGGCCAAGGGUGGGGCGGGGACCGCUCUGGAAGGGGCGAGCAUCACAGGCAGCAACAAUACAGAGACCGGUACGGGGGGGGUGAUCGUGGACCGCAACCAAACUCCCACCAGGAUAACUCAUCGUACUACCACCGGCCUCGGUAUGACCGGUACUGAUCUCUCAUAUCAGGAUGAAAUAAUUUGCAUAUGUGGCAGUGUUGUCCCUGGUGUUUUGUUUUUGUUUUUUUUUAGUUGACAUUUGACCAGAGUUUCAUAGUAUGUCGACAACGUUUGUAUUUUCAUCAUUUUCCUUGGACGUGCAGUGCAUGUACACGUAACACUUGAAAAAAAUAAUGCUCACAGAAAUAGUAUUUGAAGGACAGCAACAAAAAUGGUGUACCUGGCCUGUUGUUCUUGUCUGCUAGUUGUUAAAUCCAAGAUGUAAUUAAUUACACAUUUUUACUGAAGAUUGUAAGUGAAAUAUUAUUACCAUAUUUUCUCCAACAGGACUAUAAAUGAAGCAAUGAAGCACGUAGCUUUGUGUGUGUUGUCAAAGUUGCUCAGCAUGAAUCAAUAUGAAUAAAAUACUACUUUUGAAA